AUGGCUUCAGAGGAGAUUGCAUCUCAACUGAUUUCAGCUAAUCUUGUAGUUGAAUGGAUGCAAGGAGGUCUUGUUCUAGCUCGUUGGAUUAUGAUUUUUGUGGAAUUUACUGGCAGAUUCUUCUCCAAUCAGGCUUUGCGGGAAUAUGAUACGGAUUGGUGGGUUCGCCGACCAGCUGCGCCUCAUGCGAAACAUCUCGAGCAGCUCGUUCAUCUCAUAAACGAUCGCUCUGAACACUACACAUUUGUGCUAUAUUACCAACCCGAUGGCUACGAUAACUUUGCUGCAUAUUAUGCGUGCAGUGAGUUGUUUCAUUCCGGUGAUGCUCGCGGACUUGUUGUUGAUUGUUCUGAAGAGAAGGAAAUAUGCAAGCAGCAAGCUGUGGAAACGACUCCAACUCUCAUCGUGUACUCAACAGGAAAGGCCUACAAGCAAUAUCCACAUGCAAUAGACACUUUUUUAAUCAAGGAUUGGGUCAAAACAGUACAAAAUCCUAUCAUUACGAAGCUCAGUGAGGAUUCCGUUCCAUAUUAUCGGGAAGGAAUAGUCCCAGGCUUCGAUUCACCUAGAGCAUCGGUGAUAAUGUUCUUCGCUGCCACUCGGGAUUCUGACACCUUCCGAAAUUACGAACGUUUCGCUCGCGAGCGUCAUGGAGACUUUCAUCUCACUGAACUUGUUGAUCGGAGCAUCGAAAAGUGGGCCCACCAACCAGCCUUUGUCGCGAUGAAGCCGCUCGAAAAACUUUCGAGGGCGAACACACUUUACGAAGGAAUAACCUACGAGAGCAUGGUCGAAUUCGCCGAAGAAAACCUACAUCCUUCAAUUGGUUGUGUUUUCACUCGAGAAAUAACCAAUGAAAACGAGACGGAGCUCGAGCUGUGGCUCAGAAAUGUUAAGGAUAACGAAUGUGAGCAUGCAACUACGGUCGAUAUGAACAUCUUAGUAUCCCUGAGAAAUUGGGAGCGUGAAGAAAAUCUUCGACGACUGCUGAGGAAUAAAGAUGCCUUAGACCACCAUGAGGAGUUAUAG